AAGGCGUGGCGCUGUGCCUAGUUGUUUUAUAGCCUUUUGGUUAGGUCUUGGGUUAGGUCGUAAAAUACAAAGCUAUAUUGAUAUAAACCUGAAAAUUCUGAAUUAUCAUAGAUAGCUACAAUGAUUUCUGUUCUUUUUUCAUUGAUAUAGGCAAUAGACAUCCCAGUACCAAUGUGAGGUGUGAGAAUGUGGAGUGUGGACCUCUGAGAUAUGAAAGGACGACUAUUGUCAACAGAAAAAUCGCCUGCAGGCUGCAAUGGCAAUGUUUUAAGCUUCCAGAAGUUUUAUACAUGACAUGAUGAGUGCCAAGACGAUAAUAUCAGUAACUGCGACCAUCAGCACAAUCGGCCAGUUCCUCACAGGGGUGCCGAUCUGCCUGAAAGUACGACGGAAGGGCGAGGCUGGAGACGUAUCCGGUUUGCCAUUCGCCGCAGGAACGUUUAGCUGCUCGGUGUGGUUCAAGUACGGCACGGUGAUCCGCGAUGCGCCGAUGAUGGCGGUGAACCUGUCCGGUCUGCUGAUACAGGCCGCCUACCUGGCCUUCUACUACCGCUACUGCCGCGGCUCGGUGUCUCUGACGGCGGUGCGGCGUCAGGUCGCGGCGAUGGUGGCGCUGAUUGCUGCCGUCUACUGGUACGUCGACUUCCACGAGCAGGACCGAGAGGUGGCGCAGUACCGACUGGGCUUCAUGGCCGCCUCGGCCAGCAUCGCCUUCUCGGCCUCGCCGCUCGCCUCCGUGGCGGAGGUGAUCCGCAGCAAGUCAACCGAGUCGCUGCCGCUGCCGCUGCUGCUAGUCACGUUCCUGGUGAUGCUGCAGUGGGCCGUCUACGGCACCAUGAUCGGAGACAGCUUCGUUCAGGUGCCAAACAUCAUCUGCACGUGCAUCUGCGGCCUGCAGCUGCUGCUGUUUCUCGUCUACCCGCGCACGAGGAAGCAGAACGUGGGCACAGCCACUCGGAUAUGAGCUCCAAAGCCGGGCUGGUGGCUGGCGCGGUUCGGCCCGUCGUCUGCCGGCGCAGUGCCGUCCGUGGUGAUACCUGUUGGCGAGCGGCGCGGAGCUCGCAGAUCGGUUGUGCAAUGCUGGCGUUUUAUACCGAGACGUGAGUAUCUGUUACUAUCGCCGCUGGGCGGCUGACCAAGUGCCGCCGGCCCGGGACCAUUCGGCCUCGUUUUGGAGGUCUCCAGGCCGGCGGGUGCGGCGGAGACGUGCUGAAGGCUAGUUUCCUGUGUCCGACUGUGUGCUGGGGGGGGGGGGGGCGGCUGAAGGCGUGGGCCGGUGUUCGGGGCUGUGUUUUACUGCGGGUCGGCCGGCUGCCCCGCUCUGAUCUGUCCGUCUUCCUGCGGCGCCGAGUGGCUGGCGUCCGCUGGGCGUUUUAUCUUCCGGAGAGGGGCGGCGCCCCCGGUCACUGCGUGGUCUGUCUCUGCGGGGCGCCUGGGGUGAACGCUGACCGGGGCGGGCGCCCUCCGAGCGUGAGUGUCCUGCUGGCCGGGUGGUAGGUGGUGUUUGGAGUGCGUGGUGAUGGAACUAAAUGUCAGAUAUACACGGUAUUAUAUUUGAUGGUUGAACCACUUGACAUAUUCCAUGGCCUGUUGGCUAGGUGUUCACUGUAUGUACCGUUUCGUGUUGGCGCCGCCCUGACGUUUCAGCGUGCGCAGCUGGUGAGCCGUUGUGGGUGCUGCGCCGGUGUGGCACGCAGUGCGGUGCUGGGAAUCGAACCCAGCCCCGGCGAUGCCGCGUUGUUUUAGGUGACAGAGGGGCUGUGCGGGCGCUCUCCGGCCGCUCCACCGGCGCUGGGCCCUUCCGUCGAGCUUUGGCCCGUGUGCCCACAGUGAAUGGUUGUAAUGACUUCAUGUUGUGCGUGUCUAUGUCUCAUUCAAAGUUCGACAUGCAUACAUUGUUCGCUUUGUUA